AUGUCGAGAACACCAUGUCCCACUUUCUUUGCCCUUCAAAAGAGGUGGGCAAAUGCAAAUCCAGGGUUGGCACCGUUUAAUUAUUUGGACCCUUUAGCAAUUGACAUCACUGCCCCACCUCUCUUUUUCUGUUGCAGUUUAGGGUUUCGAUACUCCAUUGUGUAUGGACUUCAAAUGAGAGACUUUUCAAGUCAUAAAGGUGGUAGUUUCAAGUUUAGUUUUGCUGAGUUUGAUCGGGAGAAGCUAAGGGUUUGCGAUUAUAAAGUUAUGGCACGUGUUGCUGAUAAAAUAAAAUUGAUAGAUGGAUCAAGGGAAGCUCUUAAGCUUUCUGUAAGGAUCACUGAUCUUUGGUUCAUUGGGAUUCCCGGAAAGACUAAACAAGCCAAAAUGGUGGUUGUUGAUUCUGAUGGAGAUGAAAUCCAUGUUGUUUGCAAGCAGGAUCAACUGAAGUCUCGCAAGGCUGAUUUGAAAGAAAAUUUGACUUAUGUGAUGCAUAAUUUUAAAGUUAUCAAGAAUGAUGGGAAAUUCAGAGUUUGUGAUCAUGAAUAUAAAUUAUGUUUUACUGGAGUUACUGUUGUUAGGCAAUGUGAUAUGGAACAGUUACCUUUUAGAAAAUUCAGAUUUGUUGAUUUUUCCACUGUCAUUGCUGGUCAUUUUAAAAUUGGACUCUUGUUUUUGUCUUAUUUGAAUGAUAUUGAAGAUGAAAGGCCGAUCGUUAUUCUCUUGACUCAUGCUAGGAUUAAGGAAGUUCAGGGAUCAUAUCCGGCAUCAGUCAGUAAUUCUUUCAAGGCGUCUAAACUCAUGAUCAAUGACCUCGUGCUGGAAAUUCAAGAAUUUAGAGAGAGAAAAUCUAAUGUCAGUUUCUUCAAACAGGAGUUUGUUUGUGUUACUGUAGUGAAGGACAACUAUUCAUGGUGCUAUCCGGCUUGUGGUCAAUGUUAUAAAAAAGAUGACAUGCAAACUGUGCCGUUCACAUGUCCAUGUGGCAAAGAGAAUGAUCAACCUGUACUAAGGUAUCAGGUUGAGGUGAUGGUUAAUCACAAGGGUGAACAAACCAAAUUUUUGAUCUGGUAUCGUGAAUGUGCACAGUUAAUUGGUCAGUCAGCGGAUGAAGUCAACAGGCUCAAAAUAGAAGAUGGGGAUGUUGAUUUAAAUGCCUCUCCUCAAGCACUAGAUAGGCUAUUGGGUUGUUUCCUUGCAUUCAAAGUGAAGGUGCAACCAAGGUUCAAGAAUUCUGUUGUUCUUAAAUAUUCAGAUGAAUUAGACUUGAUCAAUGUUGUGCUAGAUAUGAUUCCCGAUAGUGAGCCAUGUUGCAAGAUCGAGAAUUCAAUACUUGAGUUGACCGAUCCUACAGAGCUUGAAUCUCAAUUUGUGUCUAUUACCGCUGAUCAUGAUCGGUCAAUGCUUGGCUCAAGUGAGCCUAUAGAGCUUGAAUCUCAAUCUGUGUCUGUUAUCGGGGAUCAUGACCCUCUUCUCAGGAUUCCAUUGACACCAACUAAGCGCGUAUCUUCUGAUGAGUUGGAUAAUGAGCGAAAAAACUUUCAGAUUUAA